UGUGCAGCGUCGCCAGUGUGCCCGGGAUGGUCGGCUUCUCGAACGCCACCACUUGUGCUCUCCUCCUCCACCUCGUCAUCUUCUUCUACCUUCCUACUCCUGCCGUCUCCUUGUCCGUCAACUACUCCACGUUUAGCACAGAAGACCAGAAGGACUUCAAGAUCGAAGGCAACACAUCCUUCGGCCCCAACGGAGUGACCUACAUCAUCACGAGGAGUUACGGUAGCGGCGUCGACAACAUCAUUGGCCGGGCGUUGUACAACGCCCAGCCGGUGCAGCUCUGGGACAAGUCGACCGGCGAGGUGGCCAGCUUCACCACGCGGUUCCAGUUCGACAUGUCCAGCGACAACAGCAACAGGGGCAUGGCAUUUUUCCUCGCCAGCUACCCGUCUAGCCUACCCGACGACGGCCCCGCCAACAACCUCGGCCUCACUAACCAAAGUGCAGACGCUGUGGCGUCCGGCGACAGCCGGUUCGUGGCGGUGGAGUUCGACAACUUCAACAAUACAACAGUAUCCGACCCCGACGCCAGCUACGACCACAUCGGCAUCGACGUCAACUCCCUCAGAUCGGUGAGCACACUGCCCCUGCCGAGCUCCAUCUUCACGAGCUACUCCCUGACCUCGACCGCGGUGAUCGAGUACGACAAUGUUUCCAACAUCUUAGCGGUGACGUUAUGGGUCGAGGACUACCUCCGGCAAUACAAACAGAGCUACAACCUUAGCUUCAAGGUUGACCUCAAGAGCGCACUGCCGGAUCAGGUCUCCGUUGGCUUCUCCGCGUCCACGUCCAACGCCAUCCCAUUUACUGGUGCAUAUACGAUUAUAUAUGUAACAUCUUGGUCCUUCGACUCUUCGUUGGAACCACGGCCAGAACCACCACCACCACCACACUCCCCGUCAGGACCAGUUUCUGGAGUUAUAGCCGGAGCGGCUGCCGGCGCAACAAUGUUCCUUGUGCUGCUCUUCGCCGCUGUAGCGGCACUUGUAAUAUGCUGUCGUCGUCGGAACAUCAUGGAGACGGAGGAGGAUUACACAGACUCAGAAGACGAAGGCGAGCCGAUGACGGAGAUUGAGAUGGGGACGAGGCCAAGGCGGUUCCCAUACCACGAGCUCGUGGAUGCGACGAGGAACUUCGCCGCGGAGGAGAAGCUUGGGCAAGGUGGCUUUGGUGCGGUUUACCAAGGCUAUCUGAGAGAGCCAGCUGGGCUUGCCGUGGCCAUAAAAAGGUUGCAGUCUUCCAUACAAGGAAAGAAGGAGUACAAGUCGGAGAUCAAGGUGAUAAGCAGGCUGCGUCACCGGAACCUCGUGCAGCUCAUUGGCUGGUGCCAUGGCCGUGAUAAGGAGCUCCUGCUGGUCUACGAGCUCAUGCCCAAUCGCAGCCUCGACAUCCAUCUCCAUGGCAAGCAGGGCACCUUCCUCACAUGGCCAAUGAGGAUGAGGAUAUUGCUGGAGCUUGGGUCCGCACUGCUGUACCUCCAUGAGGAGUGGGAGCAAUGUGUGCUUCACCGGGACAUCAAGCCCAGCAACGUCAUGCUUGACGAGUCCUUUGGAGCCAAGCUAGGCGACUUCGGACUCGCAAGGCUCGUUGACCACUCCGCUGGGAUGCAGACCAUGACUGCAAUCGCGGGAACUCCAGGCUACUUGGACCCCGAGUGCGUGAACACCGGCAAGGCCAGCGCCGACUCCGAUGUGUACAGCUUCGGCGUGGUUCUACUGGAGGUGGCAUGCGGCAGGAGGCCAAUGAGCCCAGCCAACCAGGACAAGCAGAAGAAUGGCGGCGUCUUCCGGCUGGUCGAGUGGGUCUGGGGACUAUAUGGCCGGGGAUCCAUCCUUGAAGCCACCGACGAGCGGCUGAACGGUGACUACAACGCUGCGGAGGUGGAGAGCGUGAUGGUUGUCGGGUUGUGGUGCGCGCACCCAAACCCGAGUGCACGACCAUCCAUCAGGACAGCCCUGGCCACGCUCCAACCCAAGGCCGACCAAGCCUACCAGCUGCCAGUGCUUCCUUCCAAGAUGCCAGUGCCGAUGUAUGAGCCGUUGAGGCCACUCUCCUGGGCCAAUGUCGUUGGGAUGUCAUCAUCAUCCUCCCACACCGUUGGGAUGUCAUCAUCGACGUCGUCCAGCAUGCCGAUGCACACUUCUUGCACCACAGCCUCCGACGCUAGCACUUCGACAGACAGUUCGAAGACCUCUUCUUCACUACUCAAACAUCAGUAGCAGUAGUAAUUCUUGUUCCCGGAGUGUCGAUGUAAUGACUAAUGAUGCCAGGAUGGGACUGGCAGCUGGAAUGGUUAUCAGUAUGUUCGAGUGUUUCAUAUUCGUAAGAAUGUUUGGUUUUUUA